GCUCGCCGGUUCACUCAGUCUGCUGGAAGAUUCCAUUGUGAGUGGGUUUAAAAAAGUAUUAGCUCAGUUAUAAAAAUUGUUUUUAAGUGUUAUUCAACGUUUAUUAAUAUUAUAACAUUAACAUAUCAAGAAAGAAUAACUCAGUGAAAUCGUGGACCAAGAUAACCUGAUGGCAAGAGAAAAAUCAUGAGAAAAAUGUAAUGCUGGAAUAAAUAUAUAUUUGUGCGCGGGGGCGGAGUUAAAGUAGUCACACACCAAGAAACUUAAAUUCAAUUUCUUCAAUUCUUGGCUUAUUUCAUAUUUUUUAUAUCUUUCAAUUUUUUCAUCAUUGUACUUCUGGUUUAUCAUCUUCUACAAUCACACAAAUCAAGAGCUAGUAAUAUAUAUCCUUGAAUAAAGGAAGUUAUUCGUAAUCCUACGGAGCCUUCGGUUACCGUUAUAUGGAGUUUCUACUUUUGUAUAUUGAAACACACUUCGCCCACCGUUUUACAGCAGCAGUAAACGUCAAGGGAUAGUAAUAAGUAACAACAGACAAGAGAAGUGCAUAAUAUUGUUUAUGAGCAAUUUUCAAGACAAAAAAACCAACCAGAUAAGACCACAAAAUAAUAAAAAAUUCUCAAACAUUAUUACAAGACAGAAAAAAUUCAAAGGAAACAAAAAAAUAAAAAGAAGAAUAAAAUAUAAUUAUAUUUCCAUUAUUGUUCGAGGUUGAUUUGUUUUUUUUUUUAUCUUUCAAAUAUUAUUUUAUACUGAUUUAGCUUCAUUUUUUUUUAUUUGAUGCCAUUACAUCAAAACGUGCGGAGCUUAAAUCAGCUGUAAAAACACGUGUACUGAAGGUUGACACAAAUAGUCACAGCUGUCAAUAUUUCAAUACAAUAACAAAACAAAAAAAAACGUCAAGAAAAAAAUUGAAUAAAUGGUUAAUACCCAUUUUUUUCUAAACUUUUAUCAUCAGCUUAUUUUGUGAUAGACUUACUAAUUAAAUAUAUUUGAAUUAAAUUUGUUUACUAUAAAAACAAAUAUUAAAUUAAAAUCUUGAUAGAUAAAAUUAGCUAUUUAAAAAAUAAAGAGGAAGAUUUGCAAUUAAAAUUUUUUGCAAAAAUAAAUAGUAAUAACAAUAUAAAUUCUGUGCUGUGAACGAAUAGAGAUAAUUUUUUAAAUAAAGUGGAAAAGUACGAGAUGAUAAUAGACAAGUUCCCAAGAGGCGAAUAAAAUAAACCUACAAAAAUAAGUAGAAAAAAAAACAAUACCCAGUGAAUAAAUAGGGUAGCUUCAAAAUAUCUCACUGAGAAAAUUUAUAUGUUAAUAUAUGCAAAUAGUCAUUGAAGAUUAUAAGGCAUAUAAAUAUCAAGGUUUUAAAAGAAGCAUAUGUCUGAAAUAGUGUAUAGAAUAUACAGAUGACAUACUUGAAAUGAAUUUUUAGUUUUUAAACAAAAAAAAAUUGAUUAACAACAUUAAAUCUACUUGAAUAUAAAUGACAAAAUAAAUAAUUAAAUUAUACAUAAAUAAAUAGAAUAAAUUUGCAUAAAAACUAAUCUAAAAUAGAAGAGAUUUUUUUGUUGUAAAAAUAAAGAAAAAAGGCAUGUACAGAGAUAGAAAUAAAUCGUCAGGAAGUGGUUCGUCGACAAAAGGCGACGAAGUAGAAAUUGUCAGUAAAUUUUUGGCUCCCCUGUGUGACCGGGAUGAAACUGCGAGAAAUAUUGCUCUUGCCGCAGCGCAAACCACCGUUGAGGGUUGGCUUGGUGGUGUUGCUGAACCAAAUCAUUGUCAGGAAGAAAUAGAACGAAUGAAAAAUUCAAGAGAUGAGCAAAUUGUAAAAUUCAAAGGCCAAAAUGGCAGAUAUGACAUGAGUAUUGAGCGUACACCGACAAAAAUUGAUGAAAAAUAUCAAAAUGAUAAUCAAAGAUAUCAAAUAAAUCAAGUUAAAAAUAUUCAUGAUAAUUUUGGAACAGAAAGUUUUUUUCCUCAGAGUGUAACAGAACAUUUAGCCUUUCCAUGUGAUAGUAGUAGUAAUCUUGAUUGUAUCGAUAAAUAUCAUUUAGAAUCAUUUGAUUGUGUUGAUGGACGUACAAGUAAUAGUAACACUUUACCUUCAUCAACAAAUAAGGAUAGACGUCAUAUUAUGGAUAGAGUCGUUGAUAAUGUUGCACCAUCAAAUACCACAUCAUUCGACGAGGCUAAAGGUUUGAAAAUUGAAAAUCGUGGUAAAAGAUUUAAUAGAGAUAAUGAUACAAGGUUCAGUUCAAGUGGUGAUAGUGAACGUAAAUUAUUAUAUUAUUCAUCGAGUGAUAAAAUAAAUGAAUUACAACAAACAACAAGUGAUGAUACAAAACAUCGGUUUUUUAGAAACAAAGGAGCUAGACAAAAACAAUUAGAUGAUGAUGAUUUGGAUUCUGAUACAAGAUUAUAUGGAAAGAGUCCAAAAUUUGAUGAUAAUAUGGGAAAUUUUGGGUAUUUUGAAUCAAAUUAUCGCAGUUAUCUUUCAAGCAGUGAACCUGGAAGACGUUCUAUUGAUCAAGGAAUGAGUGGUUAUUUUUUUGACUUUGAUGAAACAUCACUUAAUGAUGAUCAGUCAACUAAAACAAAAACAACAACAACAAAUAAUCCUGAUGGUGUUGUAUUUAAUACACUUGAUGGUUUUGAAAAUGAUUAUAUGAUUGCAUCUUAUGAUGAAGUAUUGGAAACUAUAAAUUUAGAAUGUACAAAUCCAUCAAAUGACAAGAUAAUUGAGCCGUCAAGAUGUUACGAGUCAUCAUUUCAAGAUCACUAUUUGCGUAAUAAUGAUGAUAGAAAAUUUACUGCUGGUCAAACAAAACGACCUUUAUCACAAGAUGAAGAUGUAUCAUCUAAAAAUGGUCGGCUUCUCAAGGGUCCAGAAGUAACACCUGGUGAUGUUGGUAGAAUGCUUAAUCUUGGUAAUGCACUCGAUGGUCCACGUCAGCAAACACAGCCCAAUAAAUAUUUGAGCCUCGUGACGAUGCAUCUUCCGGUUAUUCUUCGGCUGAGCGUUAAUUGUCCAUUCCAAAAUGUUCGUAUCAAGUGUAGCGAGAUUUUACAACUGGUCAAGGAUCGAGGGCUACCCGUUCCAGUACCUACAUUUGAUGGUCCAAGUACAUUUGUCCCAACAUCAGAGGUGAGUUUUACUCUUACAAAUAUUCAUGCUACUGUAUUCCCCCUUUUAAUCGAAUUUCACUUUACGAAAGAGUCUAAAAACAGCGAAACUAAAAAAAUUAUACAUCUGCCACACACAUUUAAAUGCAAUAACACAUUUUGUUCGGUCAAAUUAAAUUUAAAGAAUAUUUAAAUUGUGUGAGCCAAGUGUUAAUUAUGCAAAGUGCGUAGCAUAUUAAGGGCUUCUGAAGGCAUCUACAUAGUCAUGCUAUUAUGCAAUAGCGUGACCAAAGGUAUAGCAUAAAUAACUUAGAAGUCAGGAAUGUCAACGCUUCGUGUAUUCUAUUUUCUUUUUUUUUUAAUCGUCAUAUUUAGCUUUUAUCACUUUCGUUUUGCUAGAUUUAGGCUGUAUAUUUUUUUUUCUGUUUAAAAAUGACCGCUAAGAGUAGAUCUCCAAAUCACAUCUUGCAAAAAAAAAGAACCCACGACAAAUUCAGUCAGUUAUAAUUAUACACUUCUCGCAAAGUUCUCGUUAAAAAAUACUAAAGCAGGUUGCCAAUUUUUGUGGUUUAAUGCACGGUUAAUUAAUACAUUGCAAAAAAAAAAAAAUUAGUUUCAUUUAAAGAUAAUAAACUCGGAAACACAAAAUAACUUAUAAAUUCUUUUAAAUAAAAUUGUACACUUUGUAUUUGUCUCCGCGUAAUCUCCAAUUUAUUUUAAUCAUAAGCAAUUAGAGCUCGUUCAUGUGGGUUUAGUAACUAUCUAUGAUAUAUAAAUGUUCAAUGCAACUUUUAAUGAGGUCAUGAAAUCUUAUUUAUCGACUGUGAUAAUUGAGUUCUCGGUAGAGUUAAAAUAAAACUUUUCUCUUGAUCAUACACAGGAAACUCAGCAGCUGUUAGCAGUUUUUUUUUAAAACCUUUCAACUGAGUGUACGUAAAGUAGAGUUCUAGUUUGCCACAAGUUAAUCUAAAUUUAUGAAACUUAAAAAUUAUUAAUUUAUUUUUUCACUAAGCAAUAAUAGUAGAGAUGAAAGAUUGCAUUACUAAUAAUAAAAAAAAAAAAAUAGGUGACUUUUUGACACGUUCAGCUUGGCUUGCUUGAUAACUUGUGACGUGUUUACUACCUUGUCCCAACGUAUUUGGCAACAAGCUUUGACAUUCUUGAUUUCUCAAGUACUUUAAUUUUGCUAUUCAAGUAUUCAUGUCUUGCUUUUGGCACUAAUAAAAUUGUACUGCCUCGUUGAAAUGCACUCGUCUGAAAAACCAAUUUUGUUAGCUUUAAUUAUUUUUUUACACCAAGAUAUUUUUCGGUGUAUCUGUCUCUGAAAUUUUUUUGAUUAAAUAUAACUUUUUUCGUAUAUGUAAUUCAAUAAUUUUUUCAAUUUGAAAUACUAUUUUUUUUCAUAGUUCUCAUGCAAAGAUUUGUGAGUUUAUCUAAAAAUUUUUCUCACAAUAUUUUUCUGCUUUUUUUGUAUCUCACUGAGAGGAUUACAACGUAAUCUUACAGAGUGCUGCAAAUACUGAGUCAAGGGAAAUUCCUCUUAAAGGUUUUUGAAUCAAACUGGAUGAAUAUAUCUAUAGACUUGAGUUUGUUAACAAUUUAUAACUAUCUUUUCUAUCUCAGCUGUUGCGUUAUUCAAUUUUACCACCAAUUGAAACAUUCAAUAAAUUUUUUUUGCUUCUUAAAAUCUAAAGUUUUCAUUGUAACAAUACACAGAAAUCGAAAAAAGUUUUUUUUACCCCUGAACGGUAGUUAUUUAAUAAAAUAUUCAUAAAACAAUAUUAAACUGACUGUUAUAGAUUAUUAUCCUUCGAAUGAAUAAAUACUUGAAUAGUAAAAUAAUCAAUAAAGACUUGAGACCCUCCGUCAAGUGGAAUUCGUUAUUCGACAUGAUCCCUUUCAGCAAUUACAAUUAAUUGUCAAUUCUAUAUUUAAACGAUCCAUUCAUUUGCAAAAAAAUAGUGAAACGAAAAUUCUAUAAAUAUAAUUCAUUGUGAAAAAAAAUUAGUGGCAUCAGUUCGACCUUUAUUGAAGACAGGUAAGUGAAAUUUAUAUUGAAUCAUAUUAAAAUAUAUAAUACUUAAUUUAUAAUACGAAAAAUAUUAAAUUUUCUAUUUACAAAAAACUCAUGGUAAUAUUGAUUUUCGAUAAAGCAAUAGACUGUAUUGUUUUAUUUAUAAAUUUUGAUAGUUAUUUAUUUUUAUCGGUUUUAAUAUUUUAAAAACAACUUUUUUUUUUUUUUCCUGUUCAUAUGUCAUAUCAUGAUAAGAAUAGCGACUCAAGUCCCAUUCGAGUAUAUCCACCAAAAUGAACAAUGCUCGUGAAAUAUAUUUUUGUGAAAAUGUUGCCGGUCGUAAAGUCAGAACAGCAAUGACAAAUGUUGACAAAUAGAGUUCUGGACGAAAAUAACAAAAAAAAAAAAAAAUUUGUACAUCACAUAUCGCUUACGAUCUUCUCUAGAGACAUUCACGUUUACCUUCAAUUUUUUUCCCCCCAUUUUUUAUUGGAAGUGCUCUCUUGUUGAGGGUUGAAAUGGAGAAAAAUACCACAUUUCCUGAAGCAUUUUCAAAAGAAUCAUGACUAACGGUUGGUAGAUUUUUUUUUUUUCUACUUCUGUAUUGAACAGGAGAGACAGAAAUUCAUAUUUUAUGUAUUAACAAAAUAAGAAAUGAAAUGAUAUAUGAAAUACAUAGCAUAAAAUCGAUUUUCCAAGGCAUUUGCGAUACUUUUGUGUUUAUAAAUUUGUUUGUCUGGCGCAUAUCUAACACUAUAUUUUAUAAAAUUUGUUUUAAAUCAAGUAGAAAGUGAUAUAUACUUGAUUUUCAUUUCAAGAUAAAUUACAAACUGAACAAACAAAACUUGAAUGGUUCUUUUGGUAAAGCUUUUCAAACAUUUUAAUGAUGAUGUUGAUAAUUAAUUAAAAAAUUCCAACUGUUAUUAUAUAGUUUGAGGUUUGUUUAUUCAUCAAAAAAGCUUGAUGACUUGUGACUUUGUGGCUGGUGAUAGUAUUUGAGUUGAAUUUUUUAUUUUCAUUUGAAAACCACAAAAUUGAAUGAAUAUAAAAGAAAAUGAAAUUGAAUAUAUAUAAAAAGAGGUUUUCUUUUUUUUUUCUGCAUCUUCAAACGAAUAAGAUAAUAAAACUAUACAUGUUCAGGUAUAUUAAAAUUCUACAGAGAAUUUUUAUUAUUGAUGAAAAAACCUAACAUAGAUAUUGAGAAUUUAUUUUCUUCUUGUUACUUGAGAUUUUUGCCUCAUUUUUUUUCUUUCAUUUCCUUCAUUUCUAUUUGAACAAAAAAAAAAAAAA